AUGCCAGAGGAAGUGAGGAGAUCUAGAUUGACGAAAGAAGUUCAGCAGGGAGAAGCAGGGAUACGAGGAGAGGCCAUGGAAUUCAUGACCCUAGGGCGGUGGCAGACGUGGAAAGAAGGAAUGGAGCGCGAUUCUGCGGAAGAUCCUCCCAGGCGAGAAUGGGAUUGGAUGAUUUGGUAUGCGAUAGACAGUGAGGAAUGCGAACUAGUAUACGUCGGGAAAAUCAGCGGUCGCUCGAAGGUGAGAGAGUCUGUGGAUGUGGACGUGGAUGUGGAUGAAAGUUUUAUUGGCGCAUUUAACGCAGCGACCAACGGGGGACUGAGAAGUAUCCAGUAUAAAGCCGGCGAGCAAUGGGAAGAUGAAAGGGAGUCAGAGUCACGCAGGCACAAGCCAGUCACACAACCCAGUUGGGUUGCGCGCAAGGACGGGGGCGGUGGGCAGAUGCUCCUAUCGAUAACGAAUGCCCCCCUCCUUCGCGGUGGGAAAGCGUUGGCGCGAUCGACGACUCGGACUAUGAAGUGGUUGCGCAUAUGCCUCUGGACGGGUAGAUUGGUCUCUCUAUAUAAAGGAGCCCGUCAUUCAUCAGAAAGGGGGGAAGGAGUCUGA